AUAUAAUAAAAGUUUUUCAAAAUAAUGGAAACAUAAACGUAACGUAGUCCACAUUUGGUAGCGAUGGUGCAAAAUUCUAGUGAAUUAAAUUACAACCACAAUACAAACAGUUGACCAUGUAAAUUAUAUUCUAAGAUUAAUAGACGUUAAAAAUAACUACAAUAGCAAGCAUUUGUAUUGCAAAUUACGUGCAUGGUACCCAAAAGAUUUCCGAUUAAUAGUAUCUAUCGUAGAAAAAUUUUCAAAGCAAGUAGGUAACUUUUGAUGCACUUGCAGCUUCGAGAAUAAAAAAUCAAAACUAAGACAAAAAUACAACAUGACUACUACUGCAAAUACGGGAGCGCCGCGAGACGAGAACUCCAGUCUGCAGCGAGAAGUCGAUAGAUUGCGAGCGCAACUGGAACAUCGACUCUUCUCGAACGACGAGACUCGCUCGGACUUGGAGAAGCAGCUGCUGUCGCGGUUCGUAGGGCUCGAGUCGCAGCUGUCCUCCUUGGAGCGGAAGACGGAAGAGGCGCGCCAGAUGUCGCGGCAGCUGAAAGGGAAGAUGCGCCUGAUCCUCAACCUGGCCAACAACAUCAGCGCAGCUGCCUCAGCCCGCCGUGAAACCCCGGUCUGUGACGGUGCAGAUGGAACAUAGGCGGACCGUGCGCUCUGACAUACUGCCACAUACCAGCUCACACUUCGCUUUAAUUUGUACUAAAAAAAAUACUUAUUUUAACGAUAAAUAACACUAUGAAUUUUGGUGACUCGAA